AUGGAUCCAGUAAAAGUGGAAGCUGUGCUAAAGUGGGGGCGACCGAAAAUUGUAACUAAAGUACAAAGCUUUGUAGGAUUAACUGGUUAUUAUCGACGGUUUCUCGAAAGGUUUUCCAAGAUUGUGGGUCCUCUAACUCAGUUAACUCGCAAAGAUGAACCAUUUGUGUGGACUGAUAAGCGUGAAGCCAGUUUCGAAGAGAUGAAGCAACGACUAACGUCAACACCAAUAUUAAUCAUUCCAGACUCUAGCAAAUCUUUUGAGGUGUACUGUGAUGCGUCAUACGAAGGAUUCAGUGAGUGUUUGGUGUAUGUUGAAGCCUCUCAAGUUCAAAAGGCCUUCCAAGAGGGAAGGAAGCUGGAGGAGAAAGGUGCUGAACAAGCACAAGAAGGUGAACUUGAAGUAUAG